AUGCUUCGACAAGCUUACGUCUACGAGGCAAUGGGUCGUAUGCAAUGUUUCGAGGGAUCUGGAACACCUGCCACGAGCAUCAUUCCCAGAAAUGUUGAGAAAAUUCAUCAGUUUGGACAUGAGGAUCGGAGAAAGGCAAUCAAUGACAUUGCUGAUGUUGUAGAUCUGUCAUAUGGGUUCAUGCAAGCAAUCCUAUCGUCUGGAUUCUUCGCGACGACAAUGCACCCUACCAAAAGCAACAUGAUAUCACUUCCACACCCACCCUAUUCACCAUAUUUUUCACCCACAGACUUCUAUGUCUUCCUCAAGAUGAAAAUGCAGCUCAAAGGUCGCCUUUUUAACACCGCUGUCGAGGUCCAGAGCGAAUCGCAGAAAGUCCUCUACUCGCUUACGGCAAACGACUUCCAGGCCAGAUUCCAAAAGUGCAGAAAGGCUGGGACCGGUGUUUAA